CCGUUUAAGGUGAACAAUGUUUCCGAUAGCAACGUGAAGUCGAGGAAGGGUGGCAAAGCGCAUUCUGUGGACGAUUACGAAGAUUACGAGGUCUGCAGCACUUGGUUCCAGUUCCGAGUAGGGGACUGCCUUCCCUAUCGAGGAGAAGCAUGCCGACAGUUCCUGAGCGGUCGGAGUGUGAUGAUGACGAGCGGGAGUCGUGAGGACAUGUACGACAUCGAUAGGAACCUUCGAGCGGCGAUGAUGUUCAUCAACAGCGCGCCGACGAUUUCGCAACAGUGCCGGCAGAUCUCCACCAAUGUCGCUUGUUUCCAUAUGUACAAAGUCUGUGAUCCGUUGUCCGACGGAAAGCGGGCGUUGACCGUCUGUAAGAAGGACUGCGAUGAGAUUCAGGCAAGCUUUUCAGAUGUCAAUCGUCUUUGUCCGUCGGAGCUGGAUCUGGCGGCACAACACGAACUCGUCGGUGAUGGUCCGAAGGCACUUUUCCCCAGAUGCUCAGCUCUGUCCACCUCAACCACCAACUGUAUCAGUGUUUUGGAUUCUCCCACCGCUCUGCGUAUGCAUUUGAAGAGCAUGAUUUCCAGGGAGUACAAUGUGGCAAGAUAUCCCGAGUUAAGAUAUUCCAAGAAUUAUUGUCGGAAUCCCGGUGGGAAAAAGACAAAGCCAUGGUGCUAUUCGCAACCUCUGGGGCAGGAGGCGUACUGUGACGUGAGUUGUAGCGCCAAAAUGACAACUGCGGCAAACUCAGCCUAUUAUCAGAGGAAAAUGAACGGCACCUCUACUCCUAUAAUGACUCGUGGUGGCAUUGGAAGUGGCCCGUUGGAAAUGGCUUCUCUUCUGCCCAACCAUAGCGUACCACCACCCUACGCAGAACCAUUCCAUGUACCGGAUGAUUUGCAUGUAGACGAACCAUACCAUAUCCUGGAAAUUCCGGCAAACCAAAUCAAAAUGGGUGACCUUCUUGGCGAAGGUCAAUUCGGAGUUGUGUAUAAAGGUUUUUGGACAGGUGGCCUUAUCAGCGGUGAUCCACUCCAGGUAUUGCCCUUCAUCGAUUUCGUUUUAUGGUCGCUGAAUUUCCUGUUUUGGGUUGCCAUAAAAUCUGUCCGUGUCGAUGCUACAAAUGCUGACCGAGCAAGCCUUGAAGAAGAAAUCUCUUGGAUCGCAGUUGCCUGCGGCUUAAAACUGUCAAUUUUCGGUGUAACUUAUUUAAAUGGGCGCCUAUCAGCCGUUUUCGAGUACAUGGUAAAUGGUGAUUUACAUGAGUUCCUUCGAAUCCGCGCUCCAGCUCAUCCAGAUCACAAUCCAGCCGACGACAGUGCGGACUUUAUGAGCAUCGCAAAACAAGUGAGUUGCCAUCAGCUGAAAUCUUGUUAUUGUUCUAGUGAUUCUUCACCUUGUGCAUAUAUCGCGUAUGGAAUGGAAUAUCUCGCGUCAAUGUCUUUUGUUCAUCGCGAUCUGGCCUCCCGAAACUGUCUGGUCGGCGAUCAACGAAUCAUAAAAAUCGCCGACUUUGGUCUCAUGCGUUCUUGCUAUGAUAGCGACUACUACAAAAUGGUGCAUCGAUCUUGGAUGCCGGUUCGUUGGAUGGCGAAGGAGGCUUUAGAGCAGGGCCGAUUCAGCGAAGCAUCCGAUGUGUGGUCCUUUGGCGUCACUCUGUGGGAGAUCUGGAGCUACGGUCGUCAACCCUAUGGUUCAGCUUCAAACCAGAGCGUUAUCGAAUUGAUUGCUAAUCGCCACCUCCUAGACUGCCCAGCCAAUUGUCCGACAAACAUCUAUGGCCUUAUGAUCGAGUGCUGGAACGCAAAUCCGGAACGACGGCCAACAUUCUCAGAAAUUCACAGUCGGCUGCAAUCGUGGUCCGUGAUAAGCCCUGCCCAUUCGCUUCCCCAACACAACCAGAGGGCUAGUGCUAGUUCUCAAAGUGGUUAUUCACAACAUCAGCUUGAAAUUGAGCUGACAAUUUUUGUCCUCACUUGUGUACUUGAAGGCUCAUCCGGCGUUGGCGGUCGGGGUCAGUCAAAUCGGAUGUCGUCGUUGACGCGAACGGCUCCGUACCCGCAGCCGGUCGGACGUCAACGAAGAACCGAAGAUGCGAGUCCAUUGAUGAGGGACGCCAACUAUGCCUAUUCAGACGACGCCGACUCUGAUUAA